GCUGAGGCCGCUGGAGCCCAGGGGAUUGCCUGGCAUCGGCUGCAAGGCCCUGCUUCAUUCACAGAAACGCUGGCUCGCUCGCUAGCCUUUUCAUUCACACAAACAGCAUUUCAUUCACAUUUUGCUGUUUUUGUCUGCAUCUAAUGAAGAUCUCGCUUUGGGAAUGAUAGGGCUGUUUCGCUUCAGAUCUGGGGAGGACUCUGAUAACCAUCAAAAUCUUCUAUGGGGUGUGCAAUUGCUGUUGCUAUGCAAGCCAGGGGAAGGGAACAAAUGAGUGCCGUGUGGCUGUUCUGCUAGGGCUGCGGCACAGGAGGCGAGCCGUGGGGACGCGCUUCCUGUGCCGGGGACGCCGCGGCUCCUCUGCGCUCCUGCGUCCUAGUGGUUGGCUUCAUCCGCUCGCCCGCCAUGAGCGGUGCUCACUAAACGCUGCUCCGUAGAGCAGGGUUCAAGACUGGGGACCUCACGUGCCCCACAUGUUCGGUCAUGGGCGUGAGAGGACUCAGGGUGACCUGAGAGUGCGCUAGAGGUGAAUUUAUUCUCUUUCUCGGAAGUUGCGGGGAAACUUUGAUAGUGAGUGUUUCAUUGUGGAGCAGGUGAUCUUAAUGCGUGAGGAAGCCUGGCAGAGCCCACUGAGGUCAAGAGUCAGCUUCAGUCUCGGGCAGACCUUUGGGGACGGCGAAAGCCUUGCUCUCCUAACUGAGAGGAAGAAGGCCUGUGCAUUUUACUUGCAAGCCCGAGCCUGACUCCUGAAAAGAAGGCAUAUUUCCCCCUCUGUGGAUUUCAUGUGCAAUGAGAACAGCUGCAUUUUUUCCUUCCUGACUGCAGGGUUGCAAGCAGCAACCGAAGGAACACUGAAAUGUAUUUGCAGCAUCUCUUAGGCGUUUUUCCAGACCUUAAACACAUUCAGUAGGGAUAAAGCUUCAAAUGCAGCCCCCUUUUUGGAAUGGAUUUCUGGAGCCGGUAGCCACUCGUCAAAGCAUCACUCUUCUUUUUUGGAAGUGGAUAUUCAACUUAACCCUGGCUGAGAAAGACUGCUGUAAAUUAGCAGGGAAGACCCCUUGAUUGGCACUGUGCAGAAGUUCAUAUGCAGAUUUUGUUGUUUUGAGGAACUGCAUUGCCACAAAGACACUUGUCAUCGCUGCUCUGUUCAUUUGAAAAGAAAAAGAAAAACCCAGGAAACUGGUAUUUUAUGUUCACCUGGGGGUGAAUAUCCUUUUUGUUUUUUCUAUUUAAAAAUUCUUGCUGCCUUCCAAGUCAGGAUUCAUCAGGAUUCGCUGAAGAUCUGAUUCUUAAAAAGCCUUCGUCACAUUUUAACGCAUCGCUGUUAGACACUUUUACAGGCUCACACAGAUGGGCUGAGCAGGGACGAGCAAAACCUAACAGAAUAAUGGGUUUCAGAAAGUUCAUUUGACGAUUAGAAGGAACUGGAUUGGAUUUACCUUUGGCACAAAUGCAGAGUGCGGGGGAUGGGAAGGUGAAAAAUCAAAGGUUGGAAGGAAAUCUCUGGGAAGGUAGAAAAAGGAAAUUUGAGAAUUGAUUGGCUCUAGUGUGCUGUCAGCGGGUGGAUGUCGUUUUUUCUUCUUUUUUUCCUUUUUUUUUUUUUUUUCCUGCUACAGGAAGUGAUUUGCAGUGCUCACCGAGCCUUUGUUGAGAAGGGUCUCCUCUCAGAGUGAGUCAUGCUUUUGCUGUGAGCAGCCCCAAGCAGCUGGGCGCUCCAUCAGAGGCAACUAUGACUUUUGCAAAGCAAACGUGCAACCCCAAGCAGCGGUCUCCCGGGCCGGGGCUGCGCGGCCGCUGCUGUGCUGGUUUUUAAUGGUGGGAGGGCACCAUCCUCGUGCUCUGCUCUCCCUCUCUAGAAGGCUGUCCCGGGGCCCCCACUCUCCGUCCCGCUCCGGGGACAGUGGCUCGCCUGAUAUGCGCGGCAGCCCGCGCCGGGGCCGGCACCAGCAGCGCCCGGGCGGAUGCAGCGAGCCCACGGAGGGGCAUGCUUCCACGCACCAAGUACAACCGCUUCAGGAAUGACUCGGUGACAUCGGUCGAUGACCUUCUCCACAGUCUGUCGGUGAGCGGCGGCGGAGGCAAGGUCUCGGCGGCGCGCGCGACCCCGGCGGCGGCUCCCUACUUGGUGUCCGGCGAGGCGCUGCGCAAGGCGCCCGACGAUGGGCCCGGCAGCCUGGGCCACCUGCUCCACAAGGUGUCCCACCUGAAACUCUCCAGCUCCGGCCUCCGCGGCCUGUCGUCGGCCGCCCGGGAGCGGGCGGGCGCGCGGCUCUCCGGCAGCUGCAGCGCGCCCAGCCUGGCCGCCCCGGACGGCAGCGCGCCCCCGGCGCCCCGCGCCCAGGCCAUGAACGCCGCCAGGAAAGGCCGGCCAGGCGACGAGCCGCUGCCCAGGCCCCCUCGGGGGGCGCCGCACGCCAGCGACCAGGUGCUGGGGCCCGGAGUCACCUACGUGGUCAAGUACCUGGGGUGCAUUGAAGUUCUGCGCUCAAUGAGGUCUCUUGACUUCAGUACAAGAACACAAAUUACCAGGGAAGCCAUCAGCCGUGUCUGUGAAGCUGUGCCUGGUGCCAAGGGAGCCUUCAAGAAGAGAAAGCCUCCAAGCAAAAUGCUGUCCAGCAUCUUGGGAAAGAGCAAUCUCCAGUUUGCGGGAAUGAGCAUCUCUCUGACCAUCUCCACUGCCAGUCUGAACCUGCGAACUCCGGACUCCAAACAGAUCAUAGCAAAUCACCACAUGCGGUCCAUCUCCUUCGCCUCUGGGGGAGACCCGGACACAACUGAUUAUGUCGCAUACGUGGCUAAGGACCCUGUUAAUCGCAGAGCUUGUCACAUUUUGGAAUGCUGCGAUGGGCUGGCCCAGGAUGUCAUCGGCUCCAUAGGACAAGCCUUUGAGCUCCGAUUUAAGCAGUAUUUGCAGUGUCCUACCAAGAUUCCUGCUCUCCAUGACCGAAUGCAGAGUCUGGAUGAACCAUGGACGGAAGAGGAGGGAGAUGGCUCAGACCACCCGUAUUACAACAGCAUCCCAAGCAAGAUGCCUCCUCCAGGGGGCUUUCUUGAUGCUCGACUGAAACCCAGACCCCACACUUCUGACACAGCUCAGUUUGCAGGAAAAGAGCAGACUUAUUACCAGGGAAGACACUUAGGAGACACCUUUGGCGAAGACUGGCAGCAAACGCCUUUCAGGCAAAGUGAGAGGCAAGGGUCCUUGGACAUCUACAGCAUGCCAGAAGGAAAACUGCACGUGGCCUCCACGGGAGAAGCACCCACCUACGUCAACACCCAGCAGAUCCCACUGCAGGCCUGGCCAGCUGUGGUCAGCAGCGCUGAGAGCAGCCCGAGGAAAGACCUCUUUGACAUGAAACCUUUUGAAGAUGCUCUCAAGAACCAACCCUUGGGGCCCAUGUUGAGCAAGGCAGCCUCUGUGGAGUGUAUCAGCCCUGUGUCACCCAGAGCCCCGGAUGCCAAGAUGCUGGAGGAGCUGGGAGCCGAGACUUGGUACCAAGGAGAGAUGAGCAGGAAGGAGGCAGAGGGGCUGCUGGAGAAAGAUGGAGACUUCCUGGUCAGGAAGAGCACCACUAAUCCAGGCUCCUUCGUCCUCACGGGCAUGCACAACGGCCAGGCCAAGCACCUGCUGCUCGUGGACCCGGAAGGCACGAUCCGGACAAAGGACAGAGUCUUCGACAGUAUCAGCCACCUCAUCAACCACCAUCUAGAGAGUAGCCUGCCCAUCGUCUCUGCAGGGAGCGAGCUGUGCCUCCAGCAGCCAGUGGAGAGGAAGCAGUGACCUGGCCAGCGCUGCUCCCAGCACUGCGCACCAGGUCAGGAGGACCCGGAGUGGGCUGCAAUCGCGGCUGUAGGAACUGGGGCAGCUGCCUGUGGCUCAGAGUCUUCUUCAAAAGCUCCAGAAGGAAGGCUGCUUCUAAGGUCAAGUUUCAUAAACUUGGUUCUGAAUUUCUCAUAUGCAUAUUAAAGGUGUACAUACUUAUACAUCCUGUACAAAUUAUCCCUCUAUAUUUAUAUUUUUUAAGACUAAGAAAGAUGUAAGACUAAUGUUCUGUGCUGUAUGUUUUUAAUGGAAAAAAGUUUGACUGUA